GUUCCAGCAGUACCACAAGAAAAAAGAUAAGAGCUCCUCUCAUAGCCUAAUCCCUUAAAAGCCUUUCCACAUUCCACCUCAGGAAGACAGAAAAUGGGCACUGCCUCUCAUCACUUACUUGUUUCCAUGGGAUUCUUUGUCGCGUUCAUGGCAUUGUGUCUGCUUCCUCAGCCUGUGCAGGCCGCCACCAGGCAUUACCACUUCAAUAUCAAGAUGCAAAACGUUACACGAUUAUGUCACACCAAAAGUAUAGUCACCGUAAAUGGGCAAUUUCCUGGACCUCGCGUUGUGGCAAGGGAGGGCGACCGCCUACUUAUAAAAGUCACUAACCAUGUUUCCAACAAUAUUACCAUCCAUUGGCAUGGCAUUAGACAGCUUCGCAGCGGAUGGGCAGAUGGGCCAGCCUAUAUUACCCAGUGCCCCAUACAAACUGGGCAGAGCUACGUGUAUAAUUUCACUGUGGUUGGCCAACGAGGAACCCUUUUCUGGCAUGCACAUAUUUCGUGGCUAAGAUCGACUGUUUAUGGGCCUUUGAUCAUCCUUCCAAAGAAAAACGUACCUUAUCCUUUUGAGAAACCCUACAAGGAAGUCCCCAUCAUAUUUGGAGAAUGGUUCAAUGCAGAUACGGAAGCCAUAAUCAGCCAAGCUUUACAGACAGGUGGAGGUCCAAACGUCUCCGACGCCUACACCAUCAAUGGGCUUCCGGGGCCGUUGUACAAUUGCUCUGCCAAAGAUACGUUCAAGCUUAAGGUAAAGCCUGGAAAGACUUACCUCCUCCGCAUGAUCAACGCUGCACUGAAUGAUGAGCUUUUCUUUAGUAUCGCAAAUCACAGCCUUACAGUUGUUGAUGCUGAUGCGAUUUAUGUGAAACCCUUUGAGACCGACACAAUUCUGAUCACCCCUGGACAGACCACAAAUGUUCUUCUUAAGACUAAACCAAAGUUCCCAGGUGCCACUUUCCUCAUGACUGCUAGGCCCUAUGUCACAGGUCAAGGCACUUUCGACAACUCCACUGUUGCUGGAAUAUUAGAAUACCAAGCCCCACUUCGUCAUUCUGCCCUCUCAAUGAAAAAGCUACCCCUUUACAAGCCAAUUCUGCCAGCUCUAAAUGACACUAUGUUCGCCACAAAUUUCUCUAAAAAGCUGCGUAGCUUAGCCACUCCUCAGUUCCCUGCUAAUGUUCCCCAAAAGGUAGAUAAACAGUUCUUCUUCACAGUGGGAUUGGGAACACACCCUUGUGAUAAAAACCGAACCUGUCAGGGCCCGAAUGGCACUAAAUUUGCAGCAGCUGUCAGUAAUAUUUCGUUUGUGCAGCCCACAACAGCUCUCCUCCAAGCCCAUUACACGGGCCAAUCCAGCGGCGUUUACAGCCCAGAUUUUCCAAUCAGUCCAUUCCACUGGUUCAACUACACUGGAAACCCUCCAAACAACACUAUGGUGGCAAACGGGACAAAACUUAUGGUUUUGCCCUUCAACACCAGUGUGGAGUUAGUCUUGCAGGAUACCAGUAUUCUUGGGGCUGAGAGCCAUCCUCUCCAUCUGCAUGGAUUCAAUUUCUUCAUCGUUGGACAAGGAUUCGGCAACUAUGAUCCAAAUACAGACCUGAAAAACUUCAAUCUUGUUGACCCGAUUGAGAGGAACACUGUUGGCGUGCCCGCCGGUGGAUGGGUUGCUAUUCGGUUCUUGGCGGAUAAUCCAGGUGUAUGGUUCAUGCACUGUCACCUGGAAGUCCACACGAGCUGGGGUUUGAAGAUGGCAUGGCUUGUGUUGGAUGGAAAGCUUCCCAAUCAAAAGCUCCUUCCUCCGCCUGCUGAUCUUCCCAAAUGCUGAUAAAAUGGCAGAGUU